AUGGAACCACAAACAUCAUCUUCUUGUCAUUUGGUACUUGGUGACGUCUGUCCAAACUUUAAUGGUGAAUCCACUAUGGGAAAGUUUGGAUUGAAGCAAUACAUGGGCGAUAGCAACUAUUGUUUGAUCUUCUCGCAACCCAAGGCAAAGACACCAGUUGGAACCUCGGAGCUCGGUCGCAUCUGCACUAUGCAACAGGAGUUGGAGAAGCGUGGCUGUAAGGUGGUGGUGUUGACCACCGACAACUUGAACCUCUGCGAAGAGUGGACCAAAGACAUCAACGAGAUCCACGGCUGUCGAGUUGUAUUCCCUAUCGUCAGUGAUUCCGAUCGCAAGAUUUGCAAGUCGUUCGGAAUGAUCUCUGUCUCAAACCCAAACGAUGUGCAAAGUGUCCGUAACGUCUACGUCGUCGGAUCGGACCACAAGAUCAAAGCAUUCUUUGCCUAUCCUCUGUGUUGUGGUGUCAACUUUGUUGAGAUAGUUCGUGUACUCGACUCUCUCACCAUCAACACCAAGACCAAUGUCUGUACUCCUGCUGAUUGGAGAGUUGGUGAAGAUGUAUUUAUUGAUGAAAAGGUCAGUGACGAUCAUGCCAAGAAGAACUUCCAAAAUUGGAAAUCAGUAAAGCCAUACAUCAGAGUUGUUCCUCAACCCAAAUGUAACUAA